UGACAUCACGCAGCUACUUCUACAGCUGCUAAAGCCCCUGAGUUCCAGUCUUCAGACGCUCUAGACUGAAGACACAUCUUGCGUUAUAUUCUCUAAAGGGCCCUGUUCCUGUCGGAUGACAAAACAUGGGAACGAAUAGGAGAAAGAAAAUACGAGACAAAGCAUGGAAAUCCAGAGACAAGAGACAGAAAAGAAAGAAGUGCCGAGGAAAGCAGAACCGCAGAGGAAAGCAGGCAGGCCGGAACAACUCAGCAGCCAGAAAGGUGAGGAGAUUUGUUGCACGAUUACAGAGAGGAUGGAACACGUUGGCAGCAUUUCUGGAAAAGAAACAGGAUCAAUUCAUAAAAGCAUGUAACCGAUGUCCCAGGUUUGGGCGCAUGAGAAACGCUGACAUUACUGAAGAUCCAGGGGAAGGGUGCAGCCAUAUGGCAGGCCCGAUUUCCCGUUCAGCGAACAAGAUCACUAGGAAGGGAUCACGAAGAAACUGGGACAGAAUUGCAGCAUUUCUAAAAAAUAAAAAAAAUAAAAUCAUAACAGCAUUUAGAAGAGGCCGACCAGGCGCUACGCCCACCAGCCAACAAAGCACCGACACUGCCCCCUUAACGGUGGACAAAUUCACUUUCCACUCAAUACUUGGAGAGGGAGGCUACGGAAAAGUGCUGCUGGCAACAGACGCUCUUCGCAGGGAAAGAGUGGCAAUUAAGAUCUUAAAGAAGACAGCCCUAAUAGAGGACGAGGGCAGCUUGGUCGAGUUUCGGGUCCUUCAGCUGGCACAUCAGAGCAAUUUCCUUACUCAUGGAUACGCAGCCUUCCAAACACAUCGUUAUCUAUACUGUGUAAUGGAACUGGCUAGUGGAGGAGAUCUGUUAGAUUUUUUUGAGACAUCAGAGAUGGACCUUCCCACAAUAACAUUUAUAGCGGCGGAAUUGGUUUGUGGAUUACAGUUCAUGCAUUCUAAAGGAAUAAUUCACAGAGACAUCAAAAUGGAAAAUGUUCUGCUGACCGCAGACGGCCAUGUGAAGAUCACAGACUUUGGUCUAGCCCUAAUGAAUGUGUAUGGAGUAAUUGAUAAUGCAGGCAUUUGCGGGACACCUGGCUAUUUUGCUCCAGAAAUGAUAACCCGCCAGCCAUACAGUGCAGGUGUGGACUGGUUCGCAUUUGGGGUUAUAUUAUAUAUGCUCGCUACAGGAUCGGAUCCUUUCCCUGGAGAAUCCGUGUCAGAGAUAGCAGCAAUGAUCAUUACAGAGGAACCAUCAUACGAAGGCCUUACUGGAGUAACAAAGGACUUUUUAUCCAACCUCCUGUGUAAGGACCAGUUCCUCCGGCUUGGGGUAAAUGGCGACGUGCGAGAACACCCCUUCUUCUCUUCUAUUAACUGGGAAGAGGUAGAGAGUGGAAAAACAGCCUCCCCACUCACAGUGCUCAAGAACGCCAUGGAUCUAGAUAAACAGAAUAUUCCUGUGCCCCACAGUGAAAUUUUCAGACAACCAAUUCCUGCCAUGGACCAGGGGCUAUUUGACAACAUUCAAUUUGUAUGCCCUGUAUGGAGAGAAACGUACCAUAAUGUGCCAAUGCAAUCAGAUCUUAUACCCUAGACAUGCACUAGCGUAAAAUAGAAACAUCUGCAAUCCUUAAAACAUCUUGUUCCUGUUGCAUCAGCUGCCUGUUCCAACCUCCAGUGCAUCCCUCACUAUACACUGUCUGCCGCCUGCCCUGACCUCGGCUACGUCUCUGGAAAUGCACCUGACCCACCCCGGCUACGUCCCAGGAGAUCUGCCUACUGCAAUAUAGUGGUAGGCUGGACAUAUAAGUUAGGGUAGGG